AUGAGGUCUCGAAAAACUGGCGACAACAUCAUUCUUGAUCAAGAAAAUAUCUUACCGGAGCCAAAACGCAAUCAGCGACGGUGGAAAAUGGCUUACACGGCCAUCUACUUCACAAGGCUUCUUGUUUCCCUGUCCAAGAAAGCUCUUGAAAGCCAGACCAAGAUCUUGCGCUCCCUAUCCUAUGUUGCUAUUGACGUUCAUGAUGAUACAUCCCCUCGUGGGAACCUUGUUUCUUUAAAUAAUGUUGAUCAGAGAACUCUCACUGAUAUGGUAAAAGAAAAGAGCUUUGCAUCUCUGAACCAAUUGGGAGGCGUUAUGCAAGUUGCCGCAAUUCUCGAAACUGAUGCAAAGGAUGGUGCAAAAGAGGCUGAUGUUGCUCGUAGAAGGGAUGUUUUUGGUGCAAAUAGGUUUAAGAAGCCUCCUGCAAAAAGCUUUCUAAGCUUUGUUCUCGAAGCAUUCAAGGAUCCGACCAUUAUCAUUCUUUUGGUCUGUGCUAUUAUGUCUCUUGUGUUUGGUAUUAAACAGCAUGGCCUGAAAGACGGGUGGUACGAUGGAGGAAGCAUUAUUGUCGCAGUUGUUCUUGUUAUUGCUGUCUCUGCUAUCAGCAACUUCAAGCAAUCCAAACAGUUUGAGAAGUUAUCUGACGAGAGCAGUGAUAUAAAUGUGCAAGUGGUGAGAGAUGGGAGGCACCAUCAUAUAUCUAUUUUCGAUGUGGUAGUGGGGGAUGUGGUGUCUUUGAAGAUUGGAGACCAAAUACCUGCUGACGGGUUGUUCUUAAAUGGUUAUUCUUUGAAGAUAGACGAAUCUAGCAUGACUGGAGAAAGCGACCACGUUGAGGUAAAUGGCAGCAAAAACCCUUUCUUGCUCGCUGGUACAAAGGUGACUGAUGGCUUUGGUUUCAUGCUUGUUACCUCUGUUGGCAUGAAUACAGCAUGGGGAGAGAUGAUGAGUUCAGUAAGUCGUGAUUUGGAUGAGCAGACUCCAUUGCAAGCUCGACUCAACAAGCUCACUUCUUAUAUUGGGAAGGUUGGAUUGACAGUUGCCGUUCUUGUUCUUGCGGUUCUGAUGAUAAGGUACUUUACAGGAAAUACCAGAGAUGAUAAUGGUCGGAAAGAAUACAAUGGGAGCAAGACAAAGGUCAAUGAUGUGCUGGAUUCAGUUGUGGGCAUUAUUGCUGCAGCUGUGACUAUUGUUGUGGUGGCAAUUCCAGAAGGUCUGCCUCUAGCUGUAACCCUAACUCUGGCUUACUCUAUGAAGAGGAUGAUGAAAGACAAUGCCAUGGUUCGCAAACUCUCCGCUUGUGAAACAAUGGGUUCAGCCACAACAAUCUGCACAGACAAAACAGGCACUCUUACUUUGAACCAGAUGAAGGUUACAGAGUUUUGGCUUGGGAAAGAAGCAAUUGAGGCUGAUGCUUUAACUGAAAUAGAGACGGAGGUCUAUCACUUACUACAAGAAGGGGUUGCUUUAAACACAACAGGUACUGUCAACAAAUCACAUGCUACUUUAGUUCCUGACAUUACUGCUAGUCCAACAGAAAAAGCAAUACUUUCUUGGGCUGCGAUGGAUUUAGGAAUGGAUAUCAAUGAAACAAAGGGAAAAUGUGAAAUAAUACAUGUAGAAACCUUUAAUUCUGAGAAAAAGAGAAGUGGAGUGUUGAUGAGGAAAAACAAUGAGAAGGCAAUUCACACACACUGGAAGGGAGCUGCUGAGAUGAUACUAGCCAUGUGUUCAAAUUAUUAUGCCAGGAAUGGAACCCUAAGAGACUUGAAUGAAGAAGAGAAAGUGCAAUUUGGGGCCAUAAUUCAGAGUAUGGCAGCCAGAAGCCUUCGAUGCAUUGCUUUUGCCCACAAAAAGGUUGUAGAAGAGAAUAGCCAGGCGUCUGCGAAGCUUGAAGAAACUGGAAUGACCUUUAUGGGGCUUGUGGGUUUGAAGGACCCAUGCCGCCCAGGAGUCAGAGCGGCAGUGGAAUCAUGUAAGAAUGCAGGAGUGAAAGUUAAAAUGAUUACUGGUGACAAUAUACAUACAGCGAGAGCUAUAGCUAUUGAAUGUGGGAUUCUCAAUCCUGAGCAAGACAUGGAGAAUGGUGCUGUAGUAGAAGGUGUACAAUUCAGAAACUACUCACCUGAAGAGAGAAUGGCCAAGAUUGAUGAAAUACAGGUUAUGGCAAGAUCAUCCCCUUUCGACAAGCUUCUCAUGGUACGGUGCUUGAAGGAGAAACGCCAUGUGGUAGCAGUCACUGGUGAUGGGACAAAUGAUGCCCCUGCUCUGAAGGAAGCAGAUAUUGGGCUCUCCAUGGGAAUUCAAGGGACUGAGGUGGCAAAGGAGAGCUCAGACAUUGUCAUAUUGGAUGAUAACUUUACUUCUGUGGUGACUGUGUUGAGGCGGGGAAGGUGUGUCUACAACAAUAUUCAAAAGUUCAUUCAGUUUCAGCUCACUGUCAAUGUUGCUGCCCUUGUCAUCAACUUCGUUGCAGCUGUUUCUUCUGGAAAAGUCCCUCUAACUGCAGUCCAGCUGCUGUGGGUUAAUCUCAUAAUGGAUACGUUGGGAGCACUAGCCUUGGCCACUGAGCAACCCACCAAUGAUCUCAUGACAAGGCCACCUGUGGGUCGAUCAGCGCCACUUAUCACCAAAAUCAUGUGGAGGAACCUCCUUGCUCAGUCCCUGUACCAGGUCACCAUAUUAUUGACUCUACAGUUCAAGGGAAAAGCAAUAUUUGGUGUGGAUGAGAAAGUUAAGAACACCCUCAUAUUCAACACUUUUGUCCUCUGCCAAGUGUUUAAUGAGUUCAAUGCAAGGAAGCUGGAGAAGAAGAACAUAUUCAAAGGGGUACAUAAGAACAAGUUAUUCUUAGCAAUCAUUGGAAUUACCAUAGUUCUUCAAGUGCUGAUGGUGGAGCUUCUGAAGAAGUUUGCCAGCACUGAGAGGUUGAAUUGGGGGCAGUGGGGUGCUUGCAUUGCCAUUGCAGUUCUGUCUUGGCCAAUUGGUUGCCUUGUGAAGUGCAUUCCAGUUUCUUGCAAGCAGACACAAAGCCACUAA